CGGUGCGGCAGCAGUGGCUGCAGUACCUGGAGAGGUACAACCCCUUCGAGGCGAGCACCAACGGCGCCAUCAACACCCUCUUUAUCCUCCUAAACGUUGUCGAAUCAGGCCCAACUAUCCUCGAGAACGCCGCCGACUACAACGCGAGGAUCGAGCUCUGCCACCGUCUGUUCCGGAACCAGCGAAAUGUCGUGGGCAGGCUUCAAGAAGAAUGUGAACCGCGCAACGACGCAGGUCAUGAUGAAGACUGGCCACGUCGAGCGGACGAACGACCGAGACUACGAAGUCGAAGAGAGGCGAUACAGAACCAUGGAAUCAGCAGCGAAUCGAUUGCAGAAAGAAGCGAAGGGGUACCUCGACAGCCUACGGGCAAUGACCGCAUCGCAAAUGAGGAUAGCCGAGACAAUCGACGCAUUCUACGGAGACGCGGGCACCAGAGAUGGUGUCUCUCGAUCUUACAAGCAGGCAGUAGAGGACCUGGAUGCAGAGACGAUCAAAGCCCUGGACGGGCCAUACAGAGCGACAGUCCUGGAGCCGAUCAGCCGGUUCUGCGCGUACUUCCCGGACAUCAACGAAUGCAUCAAGAAACGCAACAACAAGCUCCUCGACUACGAUUCCAUGCGGUCCAAGGUCAAGAGACUGGUGGAGAAACCAGACAAAGACGUAACGAAACUGCCGCGAGCAGAGAAAGAGGCCGAAAUGGCGAAACAAGCUUACGAGCAACUGAACGAGCAACUACUCGACGAACUACCUCAACUCAUCGACAUGCGAGUCCCAUAUUUGGACCCCAGUUUUGAAGCUCUUGUCAAGAUCCAACUGAGAUUUUGCGCCGAAGCAUACAGUCGAAUGGCCCAAGUUCAGCAAUAUUUGGACCCUGACACAAGAGAACAAUACGCCAGGGGUGACUUGGACAAUCGUGUCGAACAGGUACUCUCCGAGAUUAGAGACCUCACUAUUGCUGGCACGGUCUGAACGACGUUGCUCUUCUUAUCAGUUGUUGCUUUUUCCGAUUCCCCCCUUUUCGCCUUACUUCACUUUUACACUUGCUCACACUUUUUUCUUUCCGGUGGAGUACCAUGAUCAACAAACAUGCGCACAUGGGGAGACAUGCAUUCAACGAGACGCCAAUUGGCUGGAUGAAGGAUGGUUGCUUGGUGCUGAACUUGGAGUGUCAUGACGUGCUCUACAGAUUACGCAUAGCGUCGGCGUCGUCAAGGCGGCGGAGGAGCUAGAAUAGGUAGUCCAGCUCGCACUGGGAGAGAGGGUCACAAGAAGACCCCGAAUGAACAGACAUCGGAAAGAACAAUUGGACUGCAUUCAAUGCUUUAGCACUGCUUAUUUUCUUUGCCUGGUUUGUGACAUGAAGACUCGACAAUGCGAAGGGGAGAUGCCCCAGUAUUACAGCCUUUCCUAGUGUUUUUUGACUGGGAGCGUUUAUUGAAACCUGCCUCAUGUCGCAGAAAUUGAGACUGGCUCGAGAAACGGCACAGGUUACUAGUACAGCUCUUGUUCGAUACCUGAGCCCGCGCACAGCUACUAAUACUAGGUGGUACUCGAAGUGGACAAAUGUACAGCUGACCGAAUUCCUUUUAUG